AUGUCCGAAGCCAAAGACAUCCGCACCGUACACUUCUCCUGCGCCUGCCGGCAAGUAACCGGCUCCUUCAAAGCCCACGACCGCGCCUUGCCGUUGCCUUUGACCCUCUGCCACUGCACCACCUGCCGGCAUCAGUCGGGCCUACUGUGUAACUCCUACGCUACUCUCCCCCAAGGCGCCGAGUUCCAGGUCAACGGCCCUCUCGAGUUCUAUAAAGCGUCCAAGACCGUGUUCCGCUUCUUCUGUGGCAACUGCGGCGCCAAUGUCUACGUCGAGGAUACGGGCACCGAAGACCGGGAUCUCUGCACCGGGGUCCUCGGGGAAGCGGAGGGUGUGGUCCGGUUGAAGAAUCACAUUUUCGUGGCGGAUUCCAAGGACGGCGGACUGAGCGAUUGGGUCCCCGACGUCGAUGCUUGGGAGGGCUUUUCGACAGGUGGCCGGAAGUUGGACGCGGGGUGGAAAGAGGGCUUCCGGGCACGCGGUGAGAGAGCUGGAGAGCUGCAAGCCUAUUGCCAUUGCAAGGGUGUGAGGUUCAAGAUCACGCGCCCAGACGGAUCUUCCGCCGAUCUGACUGCACCUCGGGGUGACAUUGUCGGACCUCCGGCACCGGAACAAGACAGUUCGAGAGACGAUGCGGUUUGGUGGCUUCGCGAAAACGGCACGAAAUACCUGGGCGGCACGUGUGCCUGUAAUGAAUGCCGCCUCGCAUCCGGCUUCGACAUCCAAGCCUGGGCUUUCGUACCCAAGGCCAACAUCCGGCAACCCGGCGGCAAAAGUCUCGACUUCGGCGCCGGCACCCUGAAACGGUAUGAUAGCUCCGAAGGGGUCCAUCGCGAAUUCUGCGGCAAAUGCGGCGCCACGGUGUUCUGGCAUUCCGACAGCAGGCCCGAUCUCAUUGAUGUCAGUGCCGGUCUGCUGGACGCAGAGGAGGGAGCGCGAGCGGAGUCGUGGUUGGGUUGGGAGACGGAGAGGGUUAGUUUUGAGGAGGAGGCGCAAAACAAGGAUCUCAUUGCCAGAUUGAGUGCUGGGCUGAAGCAUUGGGGAGAGGAGAAGGCAUCCUCGUCGGCAGCAGAAAAGCACGACUUUGGAGAUGAAGAGACUGAGUCGGACUCGAAGAAAACGCCAAAGACAGGUAGUUUGGAUUGA